AAGAAAUCCGCCCAUUUGCCAUUGGGAGCCAUUUUUAUUUUGCAGGAAUACAAUUAUUAGAAUUUAAAUUAGAAGCCUUCUUGUUUGGUAUUAAUGUCUAACUGGAGGCGUUUCCUCUAUCCAGUGUCCUUUGGUUCAGUCCUAGUUAUUCUCAUUGGGGCCUACAGCUUGAGGAAGAGGGUCAUUUUGACUCCUGAAGUCCUGGAGGAGAGAGAGAGACAAGCUGAAGCAAGCAGACUAGCAGCUUCAGAGUUUAAAACAAGAGUAGCAGCUGAGAUUAAGAGAGAAAAAGACAAACAAUAGCAACUGUCAUUAAUUAACACCUGUACUUUCCAUGUUCUAAUUAAUUAUAUAUAAAUAUUAAAUCAUGGACAGUCGUCAUGGGCCCAAAAAGCACAAACUCUCACUUAAAAGAAGAAAUCCUUCGAAGCUUAAGAAGGAGCAGGAGCCCCAGGAGACAGUAGCACAACCAAAGAUUGAUAGUGAUUAUGAAGUUUGGUCUAAAGGACAGUGGGACAGUGAAGGAGAUACAGUGAACAUUAAGAAGAUAAAGAUGGAACACAUUGUUGAUGAUGAUGGCGAUGAUUUUAAAAUCCCAACAAUUAACAUAAAGAAACUGAAGAAGACCAAAGGAAAAGAAAAUGAUGAGGCUCUUAAAGUGAUUGAGAGUGAACAGCUUCAAUUAGCAAUGGCUUUGUCUUCCUCUGAGAUAUCUCCACCUAUUGGCCAAUCCUACAAUAUUAAAUCAAAAUCACGUCAUAAGAAAGGUGAACUGAGAUCUCCGCCCACCUUAUUAACGAGUAGUAUUCAAAAUGAAGUAAUAGCUACACGACUGGAGGAGCUGUUUACUUGUCAGUCACCAGCAGCUGCUGUUGGAUCAAAGGAUAAGGAUGAUGUACCUCUAGCGGACCAGCUGUCCCUCCAGUGUCCCACUGAUGGUCAGUCCCACGGGUCCAGUGAGUUCUCAGGUUAUAAAACACUUUGGGUUCUUUCAGCAUCUGGUCCUGAGGAACCUCCUUCAGUGUUUAAUGUGCCAGGACUAAAGGACUUUAUUGAUGGAAGUGAGGUUAAUGAGUCCAAAUGCUGCAUAUGUCAUUCUGAUCCAUGCCUUGCUACAUUGGCACUAAACUCACCAGUACCAAACUCACUGGUACCAAACUCACCAGUACCAAACUCACCUGUACCAAUCUCACCGGUACCAAAUUCACUGGUACCAAACUCACCAAUACCAAACUCACCGGUACCAAAUUCAAUUGGAAUGAAAACAGAGGUUGAUGUACCUUUAAUGAGGAUUGAUGAUGAUCUUAGUCCAACAAAAAGAUUAAAAACCGAUUUAAAUAAUCUUUUAACAAGUUCAGUGUAUUCUGAUGUUGUUAUAAAGGUAUCCAAUGGUAGGAGAAUCAAUGGACACUCAUCAAUACUGUCUGUACGAUCACCUGCAAUGGCCAGAGUAUUAUCUAGUCUAUCUCCUGAUAAUCUGUCCAUUGAUUGUUCUUCUUUCAGUUUUGAAUCUGUUAAUAUCUUCAUGAGGUUCAUGUAUGCAGCUGCUAUACCUGGAGGUGAAGUAUCAGCUGAAAUCAAACAGGAACUGAUCACUCUAUCAGAACUGUGGGAGGUACCUGAUUUAUUGAAGAUAUUAAUAACCACACCCACUUCUUCAUCAUUGACCACUCCCACUAUAUCGCCUGAACACAUUCCAGCAAUGCCCUCCCCACUAGAAGGGGAAAUGGGAUGUUCCUCUUCAGUACCCACGUCCUCUGAUGAAGAGUGCACGUGUAUGUCACAUGAUAUUCCAAUUAAAGCCCAAUCAGUUAUUGACACUCCUAGUGGGUGUGGUUAUGGGGCAAUGCUGAUAACCCCAGCUGGUGAAAGGAGGAGUGUCCUUCAAUCUGACGAUAACAUAACUCCAAUGCCGGACUAUAGAGCAAUGGCCACACCUCAUUUGAAAAGUGCUUGCUCCAAGUUUGGUGUACGAGCUCUGCCAAAGAAGAAAAUGAUUCAACUUCUGGAGCAAAUAUACACCUAUAACCACCCACUGGUCGAUGAAGAAGGAUAUAUUGUUGAUGAGUCCAAAAGUACAGGAAAUAAAAGUGAAAUUGAUCGUAAAUGUGUUAGAGAUGCUAUUGUUAGUGACACUGAGAUGUAUCAAGAUAUACUGAAAUAUAAGCCAUUGGAGCUGUCAUUUAUUCACAGUAAAUUAAAAAAUAAACAAAUUAACAUAUCAAGAGAAAAACUGAUGGACAUACUAGACCAAAUGUGUGUUACAUUCACUUUACCAAGACAAAGAACAAAAAUGAAUCAUUAAUUAACAUUAAUUAAUAAAGGAUAAUUAAAUUUGUUUUAAUCAACACAAUAAUGUUACACGCUGUCAUUGCCAUGGCAACUAUCAGUUUAA